AAAACGGCUUGCAGAACCAUACGGGCGACUUGGGGAGUGCCGCCAUUUCCUAAUUGAACCUCCACGAACUCGGGUAUCGCCGUCAACAAUAAACAUAUUUAGUCACAUUUUUUACCCCUUGUCAAGGAUUCAACCUUCCAAAAAACGAGUUCGUAUGAAAGAUUUGACAAGACCAGCACUGAUGCUUCAAUAGGAACAGAAGUGAUCAAGGACUCUUUUGUUGUCGAGGGAUAACCACCCAAGGGGCAUAUCACGUUCUAUGCAUAACGUAUCAUUUUCGACUUGAACUUUCAAUAAUUACCCCUUGAGCCUUGUCACGAGAAAGCCAUCACUUGUCUCUCCCUCACGUCCAUGGACGCCACUGCCUGAGAACAAGCUCUCUCAAAAAAGCAAUAGCUUGAACUAAUAUGGUAAGCUGUUCUAGACCAUUAUUUUCACAUCACUUGAUAACUUCCAGGUGCGUGGAGGUAUCCCGCCUAGUGGAGAAUACUCCAAGACACUUAUCCCUCGCGUAGUCCGUGCUUGAUACUGAUGUCUUUACUACAUCAUGAUGAGCCUCACGCCCUCUGGUGGUCCUUUCCUAUCUAUGAGUUUUCUCUCUUUUCACUCUUUACUUUCUUGGUACCCCUAAUACUCUUCCCUUCUCAACCAAGAUGGCGCCUUCACUCUUUCAGGUCGCUGUCGCGUUGAUGUUCGUGGGAGCAGCAGUUUCGAGUUCCGAUAAUGGAUAUGGGCAUGGAGGAGGUUUGUUUAAGAGGAUUGCAGCUGCAAUGCCACACACGAGAGAUGUUGCUUUGACACCUGCUGUGGUUCCUGCAUCGCUUCCAGGUUCUUGGACUUACCAAGGAUGUUAUACUGAUAAUGGGCCUCGAACUCUUAUUGGGAAGGCGACUUCCUCUGGGACGUUGAUGACGGAUGAGUAUUGUAUAGCAUUCUGUGAUCAGAAUGGCUAUCUUUACGCCGGAACUGAAUAUUCGAAUGAAUGCUGUGAGUUUUUAUGCCAAAUUUAUAGCAGUUUAGACUAAUAUUCCCGUCACAGAUUGUGGAAAUGUGAUUGGCUCUAUUAGUGCCGUAGCACCAAGUAGCGAAUGCUCGAUGGGAUGCAGUGGCAACAACACUGAAGCUUGCGGUGGGCCAGGUAGAUUGACAGUAUUCUGGAACGGAGAAGAUCCACCACCCGGUCCAUCAACAAAUCCCGGUGCUGCGGGUUAUGGCUUCUACGGAUGUUACACUUAAGCGCUUCCUUACAUUCCUAGCCAUUUAGCUUCCAUAUAAAAAGCAGAUUACUAACAAAAUACAGAGAAGGAAAGGGAGGUCGUGCUCUUUCUCACGGCUAUGCUGUACCAGGAGGAGACUCCAAAGCUACAGUCGCCCUUUGCAUUGCCACGUGCAACUCAGCGGGGUAUUCUUACGCUGGCUUGGAAUAUUAUCACGAAUGCUGUCAGUUCCUCUUUUCUGCUUUGACCGAAGUUCCCAUCGCUAACAGGAACAAGGGUGUGAUAAUUCAAUCAAAAACGCCGCCACUGUUGCACCUGGAGGUCUUUCUGACUGCAAUUCGCUUUGCGCUGGGAAUUCUUCCGAGUAUUGUGGUUCUAAUGAUAGAUUGAAUAUUUACAAGCAGGGUUACAUUGGUUCGCAAUCGACGGUCUCUUCUGUGGUUGCUUCGUCUACGGUAAGCAAGUUCUGGUAUCCUAUUACAUUGAAUAUGUUAUAACUUGAUUCAAAGAGAACGUUGUCAACCUCCGCUAGCUCGGUAGUUUCUAGCAUCUCGGUUGUUUCCAGCAGCUCUGCCGUGCCUACCACUUCGUCAUCUCAGUUGCCAUCCAGCAGUUCAUCAUCUUCUGUCCUCAGUUUGAACCUACAAUUGCCCACAACUUCUUCAUCAAGUUCGUUAAAUCCUGUUACAUCAAGCUCGUCAUCUACCGCCACGUCACCGACAAGCUCGAGUACCAAGGUCUUGUCGUCUUCAUUUAGCAGUCCAGCACUAUCUCCAACAGCGAGCAGUUCGCCAAGUUCCUCCCAAGCGUCGACUUCGAGCGCCACAUUAUCGUCAUCCUCUUCCGCAAUCUCCGGCUCGUCCAGUGCUAGCAGCUCUUCAUCCAAGAAUCCAACCUCGAGUGUUACUAUUUCGGAGUCUUCAUCUUCUUCAGUGAAGCCAUCUAGUUCAUCUAGCAGCAGCGAAUUGCUAAGUUCCUCGUCCAAGGCGCCAAGCUCCAGUUUGACUAUCGAUAUCUCAUCUUCCUCGUCGGCUGUAAUCAAUGUUGGAUCUUCGAGUUCGCUUGUCCCAACCUCGAGCUCUAUUAUAUUGACCUCGAGUCUAUCUAGCUCUGCCUCGACAUCUAAAAGAAACUCAGCCAGUGUGUCGAGCUCGAGUAGCGUGCUUACAUCGAGUCCUGUCUCAAGCAGCGCGAUCUCGCCAUCAUCAUCAUCAUCAUCGUCUAGUGGCAGUCCAUCAGUAUCUACAAGCAGCUCCGCAAUCGCGUCGAGCCUCUCAAGCUCCAGCUCUCUGAUCUCAAGUGCAGUUUUGGUUCCGACAAGUAGCAUAAUAGCAUCAAGCUCUAGCACAAGCGCGUCCCCAACACCAACGCCAACUGUUCUGAGAGUUGUACCAUCCGCAGGGCCGUUCAACUAUUUCGGUUGUUAUACAGAGGCAAAUAAUGGUCGUGCUCUGACUCCUGGCGCUUUUCCUGCCGAUACCCUUACGGUGGAGAGUUGUGCAACAUCUUGUGCCAGCUAUGAUUAUUUCGUAAGCUCUUGACCAUGUUCGUAAUACCCAAAGAUCCAUAUCUAAUAUCUCACUCUUCAGGGCGUUGAGUACGGCCAUGAGUGCUAUUGCGGUAAUAAACUCGCUACCAGUAGCACCAAAGCCCCAGAAACCGAUUGCAGCUUCACUUGCGGUGGAGAUACUUUAUAAUAUUGCGGAGCAGGCAACAGACUGAACGUCUACAUCAAGAAUGGUACCGUCCCACCACCAAGCUCCACAGCUCCAGGUCCAGGGACUACUCCCACUCCACCAACUACCCCACCAACUCAAGCUACUGGGCUACCGACUGGCUGGCAGUAUGACGGCUGUUAUACCGAAGGCACAACUGGACGUGCACUCACGACUAUGGUCUUUGAGAGCGGAACCAAUAGCGUUGAGAGCUGUGUUAACACUUGCAUUGCUCAAGGGUAUACCGUUGCAGGAAUGGAGUAUUCUUCGCGUAAGUUUAACCAACAAGCCAUUUUAUCUAAUCGCCUAUUUGUAUCCAUGAAGAGUGGCUGACUGUGAUGUCCUUAGAAUGCUUCUGUGAUAAUGUACUCUACAAUGGUGCCGCCCCCACAGACGACUCGAAAUGCCAAAUGAGCUGCUCAGGCAACGCAGCCGAGAAAUGUGGUGCUCCAGGAGCUCUCAGUCUCUACCAUACUGGGGCUCUCAAGGCUUACGCCGCUCCAACUGCACAGAAAACGGGUCUUCCUGGAAGUUGGGUUUACCAAGGUUGCUGGAGUGAUAAUAUGGACGGUAGAGCUCUUUUGUGGCAGAGUAUUUUGACGACAAACAAUACCGCAACAUCGUGUCUUAACCUCUGCCAUGACUACGGUUAUAUGGCUGCUGGACUGUAAGUGAUCUCGCUUAGAUGUGCAGAGGUAGACUAACCAUUCAAUAGCCAAUAUGGAGAUGAAUGUAUGUGUGGCGAUCACCAAAAAGCUAUUGAUGCUGGUUCCACGCAACAACCAGAAACGGAUUGUCAAGUCCCAUGUUCCGGUGACAGAACAUAUUACUGUGGUGGCGGAAGUAGAAACUCUUACUACAGGUGGAUUGGAGACGAUAUUUACACUUGGCACAAACCAACUGGCCCUGACGCAGGCUCGUAUGAGUUCCUUAUUGGCGGCGUCGUCGUUCCUCUCAUCACUACCGCUGGUAUCAACAAAAAGGUUACGUUCAUGGAAAAGUCCGGUACUGGCGCGCCAAACACGACCGGUACCUAUGAGCUCGAUCUUAGUCUCAAAAACGACUUCUCCAAAGCCUGGAGACCCCUUCAUGUCAAGAGUGACAUCUUCUGUUCUGCAGGCGUCACUCUCCCCGAUAAAGCUGGAAGACAGCUCAACAUCGGAGGAUGGGCUGGACCAUCAACUUACGGUGUCCGUUUCUACUGGCCUGAUGGAUCUCCAGGUGUCGCAGGAACAAACGACUGGCAAGAGAACGUCAACGAAGUCUCGCUUAAGGAGGGUCGUUGGUACCCAUCUGCUAUGAACAUGGCCAACGGCUCUAUCCUCAUUCUUGGUGGAGAAGUGGGUUCGAAUGCGGCACCUACGCCAUCUUGUGAAAUCCUUCCACCGCCACCUGGAGGAUAUGCAAAGUAUCUAGAUUGGCUUGAUCGAACUGAUCCUGACAAUCUGUACCCAUUCAUGUUUGUGCUUCCCACGGGAAACAUCUUUGUUGUUUACUACAAUGAAGCCCGGAUCAUUGACGAAAAGACGUUUGAUACUAUCAAGACUCUGCCUAAUAUGCCUGGUUCCGUCAACAAUUUCCUCUCUGGCCGAACAUAUCCUCUCGAGGGUACUGGAGUUCUCCUCCCAAUGCACGCUCCUUUCACAGCUCCAGUAGUUGUCUUGAUCUGCGGUGGAUCAGCCAAUGGAGCCGCAUACGCAGUUGACAACUGCGUCUCAACACAACCUGAAGACGCCACACCCACCUGGAAUUUGGAACGUAUGCCUUCCCAACGAGUGAUGUCUUGCAUCUGCGCUCUCCCCGAUGGAACCUACCUGAUCCUCAACGGUGCCCAAGAAGGAGUUGCCGGCUUCGGCCUCGCCCAAGAUCCAAACUACAACGCGAUCCUCUACGACCCCUCCAAGCCAUUGAAUCAACGCAUGUUCAUCAUGGCAAGCACCAUCGUCGCGCGUCUCUACCACUCGGAAGCUAUGCUCCUCCCCGACGGACGUGUCCUCGUCUCAGGCUCCAACCCCGAAGACGGCGUGCACCCAGAAGAAUACCGCGUCGAAGUCUUCAACCCACCCUACAUCCUCAACAACCUCCCAAAACCCAGCUACACCAUCACAACCACCAACAAAGACUGGUCAUACGGGUCCACCCGCCAGAUUACCGCCAAUAUCCCAUCCGGGAACCUGGCUGGUGUCCGUGUCUCCAUGAUGGCCGCUGUAUCUUCUACGCAUGGAAACUCGAUGGGGCAACGUACGCUCUCUCUCCAGGUGGGAUGUGCGGGUGCUGCGAACGCGGCGACUUGUACGAUUACCACGCCUCCCACUGCACAUGUUGCGCCCCCGGGAUGGUACAUGAUCUUUGUUCUCGAUGGACCGACGCCCAGUGAGGCGGAAUGGGUGAGAAUCGGAGGAGAUGUCGCUGAUGCGGCGGGGAUUGGUAACUGGCCUGCCGCCGCUGACUUCAAGACUCCGGGCCUGGGUCCCAUUGGAUCAUGAUAAUUUGUUUUUGCAGUUGGAAGUUGGAAGUUUUCCUUGAGCUUUUUGUUUUUUUCUUCGGCGUAUUCAUUUUUGUGACCUGUCUGUCUUUCUUGUAUUGCGUUCUGAUGGGAUAUAUGUGGUGAGUUACGAAAGUGUAGGGUAGUUGUGGGGGUUAUUAACGGGAAUUGUGAAACAAUAUAAACUGAG